UAUUUGGGGUAGUAUUGCUAUUCAACAUUUUUCUUAGCCAUUGCUUUAUUGUUGGAAAGCAAGCGUUGCUAUUCGAUACCUCCUUUUCUACCCCAAUCCAAUAAAUAAACGACAGUAAGCAAACCCUUUAUUCAGACUAAUCUAAACCGUCGAAGACGACCGGACGGGUCGCAUAGCUCGUGGGCCACGACGCAAACCCGCCACGUCCCCUCAAGCUGCGGGUCGUGAACGAAAUGGCUGGUUCACAGGCACCCGUGCAGCGCCGGUGAGGCUGCAGCCCGCAGCCGCAGGUGCAGGUGCCGAUCAGAUAGCGUGGCGCCAAACCACUGCCGUCCAACUGAACCAGUGGACAGGAGCCACCCCUGCACGGCUGCACUAGACUACACGAGGGACCCCCGUCCGGUCUGGCCGUCUCCGGUAAAACCAGCCGCCUCAUCCUCUAGCCGAUCUCCUUUUUUGUCGCCUCCGUGCGUGCCCCGGGGGCCUUGAUCGCGCGCACCGGUCAGCUCAGCCCGUCUGAUUCGCGUGCUGCCAGCCCUCCGCCGAUCGUGAAACACAACCGUCGGUGGUUUGCUUGCUUGAUCGCUGAUCCUCGCGGACGCUCACGGUCAUGGCGCCUCAGCCUUUGCGCGCUCCGAGGCUGAGCGCCCCCGCUGGCCACGCGGCGUGCAGGUGCUCGGCCGCGCCGCUAUUCGGGAAGCGGGCGCCCCCCGUCGUCGCGUUCCCCCGCGCCCGUAGCGGCGGCGCCGUCGCCUCGUGCUCGGCCGUGCAGGAGUCGUCCACCUCCACCACUGUUAGCAAGAAGAAGGAUGCCGCGGACGGGGCCAAGGAGGCCACAGCGGAGGCGGCGAAGCCGGCCGCGGCCGCCAAGCCAAAGAAGGCCGCGGCGCUGCCGCUGCCGGAGAUGAUGCAGCAGGAGAUCAUCCCACCGCUGAAGGAUGCCUUGGAGGCGGAGGACGACGUGUCCCAGGUGCAGCUCGCCUUCCAAAACAACACGCUGGAGGGAUCCUUCAUAAAGAACGACGUCCCUUAUUAUUUUUGGGCCUUCUUUCCAAAAGGAGACCUCACAGGACCGAAGGGCUUUGCGCUAUCGUCCUACAGCAACGAAGUGAGCACCAUCGAGCCGUUCCUGAUCGAUGAGAAGAGGAUAACGGCCAAGUACGUGGUGUUCUGGGUCUACAAGAGGCUGGCUGGGCAAGGCAUCCUUCCGGUCUGGAAGGAAGAGGAGGGGGAGGAGGAGGCCGCGAAGUAGUAGGUUGCGCAGGCGCAUACGCAUACACAUACACACACACAGGGUGCUGCCGUGAACAUACACAUGUAACGCUGUAAAGUUCAUCUGCUAGUAAAAGUUCAUCUGCUGUGAACAUACACAUGUAACACAGAUACUUCAGUUUCAGCAGUUAAAAACCUACCGUCGUUAUUCUU